GUGCGAGUCGUUUGGGAACUUUCGCUUUAAGAAGGCGCGUCCGCGCUUGUGCGGCGGCGUGUGUUGAUCCUGCGAGCGUCCUGCGGGCACAUGGAGGCAGGCCGCCCGCCGUCCUUUCGCAUCCGCAACCAGGCGACAUGUGAGCCGCAUUCGGUGGCCCCUUCACCCCCGCGAGUUUGAGGCUCCGCGAGGAUUGCUACACGAUAAGCCGCCGCGGAUCCGUGACAUGGAGGCAGCGCCGGGCAGGAGCUGCUGCCGAGAGCGCACCUCGGCGGGGCGGCACUGAGGCCGCGGAGGCGACGGGAUGGCAGCCUCCAGCAACUCCAGCCUCUCCGGUUCCUCCUUGUCAUCUGACCCUGAGGAUUACCAACCACCAAUAUGGAAGUCCUACUUGUACCAGUUACAGCAGGAGGCCCCGAGACCGAAAAGGAUCGUAUGUCCCCAGGAGAUAGAAACCAGGCCCAAAUACUACGGCAGAGAAUUUCACGGCAUGAUCUCUCGAGAGUAUGCAGAUGAGCUUCUCAGGGCAGCCGACGGGUCCUACUUGAUCAGGGAGAGCCAAAGACAGCCCGGGUCACACACAUUGGCCUUACGAUUCGGACCGCAGACGCUCAACUACAGGCUGUUCUACGAUGGCAAGCACUUCGUCGCCGAGAAGAGGUUCGAGUCGGUGCACGACCUGGUCACGGACGCCCUCAUCACGCUCUACAUCGAGACCAAGGCGGCGGAGUACAUCGCCAAAAUGACUGCCAACCCCAUCUACGAGCACCUCGGGUACACCUCGCUGCUGAAGGACAAGCUGGUGCACAGGCUGAGCCGCGGACGCACGGAGUCCCGCAGGGUCGCCUUCGUGAGGGACGAAAGGAUCUCGUCCUCGCUGGCGCGGCGCGGCGCCUUGACAGACGCCGCCGAGAAGCAGUGCUCCUACGAGAAGAUCCACAACUUCAAGGUGCACACUUUUCGAGGGCCGCACUGGUGCGAGUACUGCGCCAACUUCAUGUGGGGGCUGAUUGCACAGGGCGUCCGCUGCUCAGAUUGCGGGCUGAACGUACACAAACAGUGCUCCAAACUGGUUCCCAGCGACUGCCAACCGGACCUGCGGCGGAUAAAGAAAGUCUUCAGCUGCGACCUCACCACGCUGGUCAAGGCCCACAACACCCCGAGGCCCAUGGUGGUGGAUCUCUGCAUCCGAGAGAUCGAGCUCCGAGGUAUGAAAUCCGAAGGUCUGUACAGAGUGUCCGGGUUCUCGGAGCACGUCGAGGACGUGAGGCUGGCCUUCGACCGAGAAGGGGAAAAAGCUGACAUCAGCGCCGGCGCCUAUUCCGACAUCAACAUCAUUGCCGGUGCUCUGAAGCUGUACUUGCGAGACCUCCCCAUCCCCGUCAUUACGUUCGACCUCUACCCCAAAUUCAUCCAGGCAGCAAAAAUUCCAAAUGCUGAAUGCAGGCUGGAGGCCAUCCACGAGGGUUUGCUGCUACUUCCUCCGGCUCACUAUGAGACCUUACGCUACCUGAUGGCUCACCUCAAGAGGGUCACGACGUUCGAGAAGGACAACCUGAUGAGUUCGGAGAACCUGGGCAUCGUCUUCGGCCCGACGCUGAUGCAGCCCCCCGAGCAGAACGCCCUGACCACGCUCAACGACAUGAGGCAGCAGAAGCUUGUGGUGCAGCUCAUGAUCGACCACGAAGAUGUCUUAUUCUAGCCGCCCCGCCGCCGCCGACCAUAGACGCUUAUUUAUUCUGUCUACCGGGAAAUCCAAGCCACCUCGAGGAGAGUCGUUUAUGAUCGCAGCUUUUCUUUUUCCACGCAUGACCGUUUUGGGUGUUGACAUUGUCUUGUUUGUGCCUGGUUACGGAGCGCGAGACUCCGCCAAGACGCAGGAUCCGAGAUGUUUACAACCUCCGGUGCCGCCGCCGCCUUCCCCGGGUACGCCGCGUGCCAGUCCGUCGACGUCUGCGUCGCGGGUGAACUUUUCCUACGUGCGCGCGGUCCGGGGAUGCUUUGCGGGAACGUUGGCUGACUUUUAUGGAAACAAUUAUCCAGUACAUCCUUCUCAAUUUUGGGUCAAGAGAAGAUCUUUCGACGCUGAAUAUUUUAUUGUGUACAAAAAAAAAAAAAAAAAAGAUGAGACACUUGCUCAAUCCAUGAAGCACUUUUUUGCAAACGUGUGUACAGAUUUGAUUUGUAAAGAUGUUUAUUUUUGUCUUUUUACUCUGAAUCUUGUUUUAUUGUCACAGUAAUAUAUAUAUAUAUAUAUAUAUACUGUAUACAUAAAUAUGCAGUUGGGAAUGAUGCAUGUUGAA